AAUUUCGAUUGUAUUCAUUGAUGGUACUGCUGGCAUAUACUACUACCAUGGUCCAUGGAUCUGAUCUGACUGUUAGUCCAAACUGUGGAAAACUGUAAAGUUAGAGUCACAAACACAACACAUAACGCACAAAAAGAUACGCAAAAGCCAGUAACGUUGUUCUUGGUUGGAUCCAACACUUUCACCUGAAUUGUGUCUCACAUCCCAUAAUUCAAUCUAGCACUGUCCUCCACUCUCACAAGUUCGUUUUUUGAGCUUAAAGAUCUGUGCUUUGGUUAUGGAGAACUCAGAGAAGGUGGUGGCUGUGAUCAUGGUGGGUGGACCCACUAAAGGGACCAGAUUUCGGCCUCUUUCCUUCAAUACUCCGAAACCCCUUUUCCCUGUGGCUGGCCAGCCAAUGGUUCACCAUCCUAUUUCUGCUUGUAAAAGGAUACCCAAUUUGGCUCAAAUAUAUCUUAUUGGAUUCUAUGAGGAGCGAGAAUUUGCUCUAUAUGUCUCUUCAAUCUCAAAUGAGCUGAAAUUACCAGUAAGAUAUUUGAAGGAGGAUAAACCGCAUGGUUCAGCGGGUGGUCUUUACUACUACAGAGAUAUUAUAAUGGAAGAUAGCCCGUCACAUAUCUUUCUGUUAAAUUGUGAUGUUUGCUGCAGUUUUCCACUACCAUCGAUGCUUGAUGCGCAUAAAAGAUAUGGUGGGAUGGGGACAAUGUUAGUAAUCAAGGUUUCAGCUGAAUCUGCUAGCCAAUUCGGUGAGUUGGUUGCUGAUCCAACCACUAAUGAGUUGCUGCAUUAUACCGAGAAACCUGAAACAUUUGUCAGUGAUUUGAUAAAUUGCGGUGUCUACAUUUUCACCCCUGAUAUUUUUACUGCCAUCCAUGAUGUAUAUACUAAUCGAGAAGGCAGAGCUAAUUUACGUCGUUACUCCAGCUUUGAAGCACUCCAAUCUGCUACAAGGACUAUUCAUGUAGAUUUUGUAAGACUGGAUCAAGAUAUAUUAUCUCCUCUUGCUGGAAAGAAGCAGCUUUAUACAUAUGAGACAAUGGAUUUCUGGGAGCAAAUUAAAACUCCAGGAAUGUCAUUGAAAUGCUCAGAACUGUAUCUUGCUCAAUUCCGGCAUACUUCACCCUAUCUUUUGGCCAGUGGAGAUGGUAAAAAGAAUGCUACAAUUGUUGGUGAUGUGUAUAUUCACCCAUCAGCAAAAGUUCAUCCGUCCGCGAAGAUUGGUCCCAAUGUUUCUAUCUCAGCAAAUGUUCGUGUAGGUGCUGGCGUCAGGUUAAGCGGCUGUAUCAUCUUGGAUGAUGUUGAAAUUAUGGAAAAUGCUGUAGUCAAAAACUCAAUUGUUGGAUGGAAGUCAUCUCUUGGAAGAUGGUCGCUUGUGCAGGCUGAAGGUGACUACAACGCAAGGCUUGGCACAACCAUUCUAGGUGAAGCUGUAACGGUUGAAGAUGAAGUAGUAGUGACCAGCUGCAUUGUUCUUCCCAACAAGACCCUUAAUGUCGGUGUGCAAGAAGAAAUCAUUUUAUAAUCUGUUUGACUUGAGUUUAACCGUUACUAAUAAAAAAAGAGGGUUGAAUCAUAUCUGUUAUCCAAUUUGUUUGAUCUAGGAUGAUAAAGUUUAGUUUAGAUACCUCCUCAUACAAGAAUGCCUGGGAUUUUUGGCUUAUACUAUAUAUAGAUAUAUUUUUCUCUUUCCAAUUUUGUUUGAUGUACACAAAGGAACCUGAGUUUAAAUCACACUUCAGACAACCUUGUACGUGCUGGUAACAAAAUAAUAUCUUGAAUAGCUGUUUUUUUUCUUCUUA